AUGAACCUGAAUGUAUAUUAUGAAGGAAAUGUGUUGAAUAAAGGAUCAACUACUACACUUAGUCAUCAACGUCCACUUCAUUUCAUGAAAAGGGCACAAUUUUUACCAUUAGUUAGUGUGAAAACAACAAACCACCUUAAAAUGGUUGCGACAUAUCAACAAUCAUCACUAACAAUAGUGUUAUCAUUUAUAUGCCUACUUGUUGUUGGUUAUGUUCAUGCAAGAAUAGAUGAUCAAACAAGAUCGCUAUUGUUGUCUCUGCAUAACAAUGCAAGGAAAUUAGCACUACAAGGAUUGUUAGAAGGACAACCAAUAGCUAGAUCAAUUAAAGAAUUGAAAUGGAAUACGUAUUUGGAGAUGAAAGCUCAAAAGUUGGCUGACAAAUGCAACUUUGAACAUGACGAUGAUAUAGAACGCCAAGUACCUGGUUUUGAUAAUGUUGGACAAAAUUUGGCAGGUGCCAAUAGAAUUGACAUUGGAUUCAAUCUGUGGUUGAAUGAAUACAAGAAUUACGAUUACUUCAAUCGUUUCUGUCGUGCUGGUCGAUGUAGUCAGUACACACAGAUAGUCUGGGAAAACACUACGGAUGUUGGUUGCGGUGUUGCAAAAUGUCCGCAUUCCCCAUUCGAACUGAGCAUUGUGUGCAACUAUGGUCCAGGAGGUGGUUGUCCUAAAUACUCUCCAUAUCACGUAAGAGGUCAUUACAGUCAAAGAAUUAUGAAGUAUAGAAAUAAAUGUUGUGUACACAAAGCUGUAAAGAAAUGUGGUCCAAAAUAUGUACGACAAACUUGUAACGGGACAAUGGAAGUAGUUCUUCCAGAGAAGAAGUACACAGCUAUAAAACGAUAUAUCUGUCCAUAA